AUGCCCCCACGGCCCGCAAAGGGGUCCGCCGCGCAGUCUUUUGUGGCUGCCCGCGGUGCGCCGGACAGCCUGCAGAGUUUCUUGGGCGGUAUGUCGCUGCCGUCGCAGGGAGGUGCCGAAGACGCUGCGAUGAUGGAAGUGAAUCUGAAGCUCCUGCAGAAGAGUAACGAGACGACAGUACUAAAGGCCCUGGUGGAGCUCAACCGCCAGGUAGGCGUCGUGGAGGAAACGGAGCUCCUCUCUUACCUGCCGAGCAUCAUCGAGGCGGUGCUGCGGCACGCCGACCAUGCGAACGCAACGGUGCGCGCUGGCAUCUUCAGCCUCCUCCACGGCAUGCUGCGGCGUGGCGAGGCGGUGCGCGGUGUGCUGGAACAGGAGCUGCCGUCACUCAUCGUCGUAUGGGUGGCGCGCAUGAAUGACAUGGAAACAUCAGUUCGAAAGGAUGCCCGUGACGCCUUCAGCGCUGCCUUCCACGUACAUGUGCUGCAGAAGUAUGCUGAUACGAUUGUGGAGGGUCUCAUUGAAACAUUCAAGGAUAUGAUCGAACACUCUCGCGGAAAGCCGCUCCAGGGCGAUAACUUGGACCGCCGCUCGAACACGUUGUACUCGUCGGUGUGUGCGCUAGGGUACAUGAUGCGGCAGCCUGUUACAGCCCGGCAGAAGAUCAUUGCCUUUGUGCAGAAGCAGUCACUGCAGCCCAUUAUGCCAUUGCGCGAGGGCGCCACGAAAGGUAGUCUGGUGGCAAAGGCACCUGUUGUGCGCUCUGCUUCACUCUCACUGCUGCGCAAUAUUGUGGAGUCGCGGCUCAUGACGCCUGAGGUGCACCGCUGCGUCGCCACCGCGCUUCAUGACGCUAUGUUCGAGAGUGAGGUGGUCGUUUUGCAACGUGCUUGGGAGCUGCUGCUGCUGUGGUGCGGCGAGGAUGCUGGAAGCGCCAUUGAGUACUUUCACGACGGCUUCCUGGCGGAUGUGAUUGGCAGCUUUGUGCGGUGCAGUGACGCGGCGGCUGCGGAGGUGAUUUAUCCGUCGCUCGUGCCGCUGCUGGUGCCACUCACACGUGACCCGCGCUGCGCCGAUGUCGCCGGUGAGUUUGGCGACGCCCUCGUUGAGAAGCUGAGUCACCUUGGUGUCGUGGGUGUGCAGGAAUGGCGGCUGGUGCUGUCCGCCAUGCUGCAGACGUGGGAGCUUCUCUGCGUGCGCACGGCGGGGUCCGGCGGCGAGCGCGCACAGAAUGGUCCCAGACUUUUCCACCACAUCAUCGCCGCGUUGGCGCUCGCCAUGGAGGCGGCGAGCAAUCGGGCACGGUACUUUCCGACUUCCAUUGCGGUUGCCACGCAGAGCAUAACGCGUGCAUCCCGCCACGGUGAAUGCUUCCGCGAAUGUAUGCACAUCUUGUGCGGGCACCCGGAUGCGCACUUCCACGUUCUUCCCUCUGGUGGCAGCGCGGCGCUCGCGGAGAGCUUUAACAUACUGCAGGCAGCACUCGUGGGGACCAGUGUGGCGUUGCCUGGUAUGUCGGAGGAGGCGGAGCGGCUACUCACAAAGUACACAGACGACAAACUGUGGGAACCUCUUACCGAGCUGUUGCGUGCGUCUGCCGCCAAGAAAGAGGGCAACAACAACGGUGACACGGCCGUCUUCACCCCGGAGAAGUCCGUGCGGUUGAAGGUCGCCAGGGGAAUCAUAGAAGCUAUCCGAUGCAAUGCAUGUGAGGAAGAGGAGGAGGAUGAUGGAGAGGCAAAAGAGAGGCAAGGGAAAUGCCUCAAGGAAAUUUUUUCGCUUCUCUUGUUGUGGAAAGACAGUGAGGUCCAUGAGGAGCUGCGGGGGCUCUCCGUCGGUGGGCUUUGCGGACUGGAGUGGGUACAGGAGAGCAUCCGCGCCCAUGAGAUGAGGGAUCCCGAACAAAUGAUGCGCGUCUUUGUGAAGGUAUGCGAAGAGGCGGAAUUUGACACAGUGGAACACUGCCUCAAUUUGACGGAGGCCAAACAGCAGUCGCUGACGACUGCCGAAAAGGAGCAAUUACGACACGCAGUACAGGAAUCACUGGAGGCUACCCUGCGGCUUGUGGCUGAUUGUGGCAAUUCAUCAUCAGAAGAAGAAGCAGCAGCAGGAGGUUCGGUAACGCCGUCAGAUGAAGACUUAGAGAGCGCAGGGAAUGACAGUAACAGCAAGAUUGAAAAUGAUAAUGAUGGUUCGAGUAAUGACUCCAGUGAGGAGGACACGGACAACGGUAGCGAUGAGGAGGAGGAUGAGGAUGCCGCUAACGAGGGUGCGGUGGUGCUGCAACGACUCUUGAAGUGGGUGGAGCUCCUCCGCAAAGGUGGGCGUUUGGCUGUGCUCCUCGAUUUCAAUGGGGAACACCUCAUGCUGCCCACACUCUUCCGCAUCGUGGCAGCCGUCGCUCCACGUCUGCACGCAGAGCAGUACAUGUCCAUCAAGGCCCUCCGCGUCGCCUUGCAAGAGGACGGCGACCCGUUGCUGCACGCGAUGGCACAGAAGAAGCAUCACCUCGGCGUGGGCCAGUUUAACCAGCUGGUGGAGCGAUUGGAGCAGCUUCUGGACUCAUAUGGGAUAAGUGUAGAGCAGCGGGACACGUGUUCCUUGGAGUUGUUUGAUACGGUGAUGCGGGACCCAUCUUGUGCUCUCGCGGCGUGCGGGCAACUGUCCCGAUUGGUUCCCUUCGCGUCCGGAAGCCUGCUCCAGGGCAUUGCGUGCAGCAGCGGUUUGUGGGCCGAUCACCAAGUGCGCCCGCGCGACACGGACCCCUCGUGCGAAGGGGAGGUGCCUUUUGCUAUGCUGGACCGAUACUGCGCGCUCGAUGCGAUGGAGCUGUCGAUGCUGCGUUGCGUGCGAACGGCGCAGCUUGUGCAUCUGCUUGGGGCGUCUGUCCCAAUCGAGACGUGCGAUGCGGUGGUUGUGACACUGCCGCUGCUGCGUGCUGCGCGCGUGCAGGAGGCGCUUGCAGACCCGAUACGGAAGCUCCUCACGACGAGACUGCUGCCGCGUGCGCUGCUGCGGCUGACGUCGCCGGAGGACGUUCUCACGCUGCUGGCGGGCGGCGCGGAGCCGCAUCUUCUCGUCUGCACGCUCGCCGGUGUUCUGCGCGAUGUGGCGGCGACUGCGGGCGACGCGCUGAUUGCCACCGCGCGCCGCAUUGCCGGCGUCGUGACGCAGUGGAUCACUGACACCCUUCUGCUCCGAGAGGGGACAGCGCCCGUGCACGCCGCCGCCGUUGCGGCGUACCGUGCCUUCUUCGCCUCCCUCGACGAGGUCGCGGACAUCGUAGGCAACUCCAUUCCCUCUACUGUCGGAGCCCGGCAGGCGGCUGCUCUGCAGGAGGCAAUGUGCAUGCUGCCGACGCUUGAUGCACGCACCGCACUCCUCACCAUGACGCUACACCGUCACCUCAGCAGUGCGCCAGUCGUUGUGGCCAGCACCGUGCAGCAGGUUGUUGCUCACGCUCUUAAUCAGCGGCCACUCGACGGCGUGGAGCUCCUCGCGGAGCUUGCCUCCAGUCGCAUCAUCGACACCACAGCCUACAAUACGCUUGUGCAUACCAUCACCCACCUGCUGUCGCGCUGCUGCAGACUACGCCACAUGCCGCCGAACGGUCGAUUGGUCUCGCAGGCGGCGAAUGACCCACCAAUGUCGUCAAGAGAACUUCGCCGCGUUGUGGUCUCCGCGGUGUCGGCACGACGAGGUGUCAUUCUGCACGGUCGCAUGGAUGACGUAUUGCGCAGUUCCGUGAAUCUUAUUUUAUUCGAUGCCGUGACGGAGUGUGUGGUGUCGUUGCGUCACACAAGAGAGGAGGAGGUGCCGCUUCUGGCGAAACUCAUCGCGUUCACGUCGAGUUGCCUUAGCGAGUUGGCGCCCGCAGACGUUGCGGUACUGCGCUCCUCCGAGGUAAGCGUGACCAAGGUGGCAGGCGUGAUAAAUUUUGCGUACCAGUGGCUUUGCGCGACACCCAUAGCGAAGCUGGAAAAUAUCGGAAUGGUUACGGUUGCCACUGCUAUAGACGCGGUUGCGCUGCUGUCAAACUUGACACUUAUGCGCUCCAGCUUCGUUCUGCUGCCUAUCAUGCGUCAGAUCACAUCGAAGCGCAUGCUAAAGAAUUUGCGUAGCGAAUUCGGCGGGGGGUCACUGGCAAAGGUUAAUUUGUUUAUGCGACACGCAGGGGUGAUUGCCAAGACGAAAAAGCAAAGAUUAGCACUGUUUCCCCAUCUCCUCGCGUGGUGUGUUACACUCAGUGGACCUGUGCAAGAGAAUUUCACCAAGGAGCGGCGUGAGGAGGUGUUUCACCUGCUUGAUCUUUUAUGUUCGUUGCUGCUCACAUCCGCGGUGCCUGGUACGAAGCGUAUCGAUGACACCUACCUCUGCAGCUCUGCCAAAAGGGGUGGUGAGAAUCUCGGAUUCGAGACUGCGGCCUUAACGCGUGCGGGGGAUGUAGAGCCAAUGCGGGAGUUGGCGAAGGGGGCUGCCGCUGUCUUUGCACUGCUGCUGCAGAGUAACACACUGUCGUUUGUGAAGAGCUGGCUUGAUACCAUUGAGCGGAAGCUUCAGGAUCUUUUCUAUACCUUUGUCGACGAUCACAUCUCGCCGAUCCUUAUUCAAGAGAGCCUCUUCACAGUGCUCGGAAAGAGCCCCUCAGGGGGGUCGACAUUUGAAGUAAAUGAAAACUACAAUGUGACGGUUAGUCUCCCGAAUAAGCUCAUCAAGCUGAAGUACACCAUGGAGGACGCGAGUGUUACGGUACAGAUCGCUUUCCCAAGUGCAUUUCCCUUGCGGUUGCCCACUGUUACGUACGAGAGCGGAAGAGACUGUGGUGUGUCGACGGAUAAGUGGCGCUCGUGGAUGCUCAAGAUGACAGUCCUUCUGUUUGGUGGCUCCGCCAACGUGUGGGAGUGCGUGACCCUCUUCGGCAGAAACAUGGAUGCGCAUUUUUCAGGACAGGAGCCGUGCCCUAUCUGCUUCGCUGUUGUCUCGGCGGUAAGCCAUCGCCUCCCUGACAUGCGGUGUGCCGUCUGCCGCAACUCUGCUCUGCACUCCGACUGCCUCUACGCGUGGUGGACAAAUAGUGGCCAGACGGUGUGCCCGCUCUGUCGCUCGCCAUGGGUGGCGAGUUGA